AUGGUGCUAUUAGUUGAUUUGGGCGACGAGGUCCACGAUCCGCACGUCGAUCCCGCAGCGGCCAACGGCUUUGCCACGCUCAAGCAGCAGCUCCGCCAUGCCGGCACCGACCACGACGACCACGACACGCAGCCGCCUGCUGUGGACGACAGACCAAAUCCCAACGUCAAUGGAUUUUCAGCUGCCCUCAGCUGUUAUCCCGUAGUCUCACAGCUCGGAAGCUUCCUCGACCUCAACGACCUGCACAACCUCUCGCGGACGUGCCGCCAGUUCCGUGCGAACCUGCUCGAAUACCGGAACCAGCUCGUCCAGCACAGCCUGCGCUGCGUGAACGAGGAUGCCGCGCCCGGUGCCAAGCUCGCGGACCGUAUGCGCGAAGCCCGGAACACAUGGGCAAACCAUGGUUCGACCUCUUCUACGGCACGUCUGACCAGCGGCAAGGUGGGCAAAUGUGCGAGGGACUUGGUCAGCGAGUGUAACCGCUGCGGGACCGUGGUGUGUCGAAACUGCACUAUCAAACCGCCCUCUGCCUCCGCCCUCAAAGACCGCCACCGUCGUCUCUGCGGCACCUGCCUCAAAGCCCCGAUUGCCUCCCUGACCCAGGCACCGCGCCGACGCUCCACGAGUCCUUCACGUCUUAUUCCUCUCCGCUCCUUUGAACGCCCUCUUCCCUCAACGUCUGCCUUGACAACCCCAACCUUCACAACCCCAGCCUUCCAGCGCCAUCCUUGCACCUGUGAAACAGCCGUCUGGUUGUGCCAGCCCUGCGGCCAGAGCCUCCGUGGCUACGACAUCAUGUAUCUCCGCGGCUGGACAUGGCGGACAACCUACACCCGCUCCCGAGGCGGUAUAGGCACCGGCAUCGGCGAGGGCAUCGAGAGCGUCGAGUGCGGCCGUAAAGGCAACUGUCUAGCCGCCAGAACCGUAGAACACGAGACGGAAUGCGAUGCCGAGUCGCUCGCCGCCCUGCAGCAAGAGGCAGCUAGGGUGGAGGCUGAGGGAACCGGACGGAGCUGGAAGGGCACGAGCUACAUGAUGCAAGAGAUUGAGGGUGUGGGUGGUGUGGUUAAGCGGAAGGCUAAAAAGAUGGUCAAGGUAGGUGCAGGGGUAGGUGAGUUUCGGGAUGAGCAUGAGAAAGGCGUCCAGAGGCUGGAACGGGAGGCUAACGGCCAGUUGAGGAGUUGGUGUGAUUGGUGCGAGAGAGUCGUUCUUGGCCCUGAGGAUCUGAAGGCCCAAGAAGCGGGCGAAGUGAAGCCUGAAACUAGUAGUGGGAGCUCUGGGUUCUCCAUCGUCGUUGGGCGAUAG